UGGUAGGUGUGCCGAGACGGGACCACUCGGGCCGCCCGUCUCUCCCUCGCCGCUCUCCGCUCCCCGCCGCUCCUCUCUAUGGUGCGGGGCGGUGCGGUCACGUGGGGCGGGCAGGCCGGAAGGAGCGGGGCAGCGGCGGCUAAAUGAAGCGGGGCCGGAGGGGCCCGUUCCUCAUGCGAGCCUGACUGCCAUGCGUGGACAUUGAUACUUUUGAGUACAGCUGUUUAAAAUGGCAGAGAGAGGUGGAAAUGAAGAAGUAAUUAACUUGAACAGCUUCCGUAGUCACAGAGGGAAAGACUGGAUAAACCGCAGGGACGAAGGUCUUAUCAUGAUAUCAGAUUCCUCAGACGAAGAAUUACCUUUGUUGCUGGAAAUGCCAGCAGAGCAGCAGCGUGAGGAAGAUGACGAUGAUGUAGUCAUCUUGGCAGAGACCCCAAAGCAUCAGCAGCUUCUGCGUCCCAAUGUCAUCAGACCUGCUGCUCAAUGGCAGGGUGCAAACACUGUGGGAGAAGGAGGAUCUAAAAGUGCUGUCGAGCCCUUGAGGAGCACAUAUCUGCAAGAUGAGAUCUCAACUCCGCUGUGCCAGGGAGACCAGAAUAAUCACAUGGUGGAAAGCAGUGCUGGAUCAAGCAGGGAUGAGAAUAUGAACUUUGCCUUGCAGCAGCCCGGACCAUCUGAGCUUAAUGGCCCCAGGUUUGAACUUACAAGUAAUGAGGAGCCUGGCCCAAGUUUGCUUCCAGCAGUAAAGACGAGUCCACAGCCUGCUGUUAACAGAGAAAUCAUUAGUCUGGAGAAUGCAGACCUUCCACCACAACAGGAAGAAAAGGUAGAAGCCCAGGGAUGGCAAGGGCAGGACUUGGAGCCAGAGCAAAACCUCGGAGGAACAGCUGUUGCACCUGCCGCAGACCAGGAGAUCCACAAAAACAGCCAGCUGGAUCACCCAUACUUCCAGACGUUGGAAGACGAGCCACGUGCUGUAGUAAACGGUUGUGCUCCUCAGCAAGGGCAGCCUGAAGCAGACCCAGGAUCUUUGAGGGCAUAUGGAGAGGAGGCUCCUGGGCCAGCCUUCCCCCGACCUGAACCACAGCAGGAUGGGAUUCCAGGUCCUGCUUCACCCCAGCCAGCGCAUCCACCAGAAGAAACGGGUCAGCAGGCAGCUAUAGACAAUGAACAGCCAGGUCCAGCAUUCCCUGCACAGGGCUCUCACGAAGUUGGCUCUAGUAAUGUGCCAGAACAAGGAGCUGCUGGGCAGGACCAAGACCCCACUGCACUGCUCAUCAGAGAGACAGAAGCAAGAUUCCCAGAUGUGAAGAAGGAAUAUAUUGAAGAGCUAAUCAGUAUCAAGAACUGCUAUGACUUAAAUGUACUUUGUAACUUUCUUCUGGAAAAUCCAGAUUACCCAAAGAAGGAAGGCAGAGUGGUUUUAAAUCCCAGCAGCAGCCUGCUCGCCAGCCAAGAUGAGACAAAGGUGCCUAAAGUGGACUACUUCGACUUUUCCAAACUUGCCCCACUUGAUCAGCGGUGCUUUAUUCAGGCAGCUGACCUCCUUAUGGCAGACUUCAAAAUGCUGAGCAGCCAAGACAUUAAGUGGGCACUACAUGAACUCAAGGGACACUAUGCAAUCACGCGAAAGGCCUUUUCAGAUGCUAUCAAAAAAUGGCAGGAGCUGUCUCCCGAAACCAGCGGGAAACGAAAAAGGAGGAAAGAAAUGAAUCAGUAUUCAUAUAUAGACUUCAAAUUUGAGCAAGGGGAUGUGAAAAUUGAGAAGCGCAUGUUCUUCCUGGAGAAUAAGAGACGGCACUGGAGGUCCUAUGACAAGCUCUCUCUUCUCCCACCAGUGCUACUGGAGCAGGAAUUCUAUGAGCAGAAAGUUAAAGAGAUGGCAGAGCAUGCAGACUUUCUCCUUGCUCUGCAGAUGAAUGAGGAGCAGUAUCAGAAGGAUGGUCAGAUGAUAGAAUGCCGCUGUUGUUAUGGGGAGUUUGCGUUUGAAGAGUUAACUCAGUGUGCAGAUGGUCACUUGUUCUGCAAGGAGUGCCUAAUUAAAUAUGCUCAGGAGGCAGUCUUUGGCUCUGGGAAGUCAGAGCUCAGCUGCAUGGAAGGCAGUUGCACGUGUUCAUUCCCCACCAGCGAGCUGGAGAAAGUACUUCCAGAGAACAUCCUCUGUAAAUACUAUGAGCGGAAAGCUGAGGAGGAGGUGGCUGCUGCCUGUGCAGAUGAGCUUGUCAGGUGUCCAUUCUGUAACUUCCCAGCUCUACUGGACAGCGAUGUGAAGCGGUUCAGCUGCCCUAAUCCCCGCUGCAGAAAGGAAACGUGUCGGAAAUGCCAGGGGCUGUGGAAGGAGCACAUGAACCUCACCUGCGAGCAGCUGGCUGAGAAGGAUGACAUCAGAUACAGGACGUCCAUAGAAGAGAAAAUGACAGCCGCCCGAAUUAGAAAAUGCCACAAGUGUGGGACUGGCCUAAUUAAAUCGGAGGGUUGCAACCGCAUGUCCUGCCGUUGCGGUGCUCAGAUGUGCUACCUCUGCCGGGCUGCCAUUAACGGGUACGACCACUUCUGCCAGCACCCCCGGUCGCCCGGGGCUCCCUGCCAGGACUGUGCAAAGUGCUCUCUCUGGACAGAUCCCACAGAAGAUGAUGAGAAGAUAAUCCAGGAGAUUCAGAAAGAGGCUGAAGAGGAGCAAAGGAAGAAGAACGGAGAGAACAGCUUCAAGCGGAUCGGCCCUCCUGCGGAAAAGCCCAUGGAGAAGAUCCAGAGAAUUGAAGUCAUCCCCAGACCUGUUCCUCAGAACCUCCAUCAACCCCGGAUGCCCCCUUACCCCUUUGUGCACCCUCCCUUCCCGCUCCCUCCCGUCCGUCCCAUGUACAAUAACAUCCCCCUCAACAUCGGCCCUAUCCCUGCCCCCUACGUCCCCCCGUUACCUAACAUGAGGGUGAACUAUGAUUUUCCCCAGAUCAAUGUUCAGCUGGAGCACAACUUGCCUAUGCACUUUGGCCCUCAGCCUCGACACCGGUUCUGACCUGGUUCCUACAGCACUUGGCAGAGAGUCACUGCAGGGCAAAGCCAGCCCAGUAAUGUCACCCCCCCGUCCUGCUCCAGCCCCUCUCGGUUUAGCCAGCUGCAAGGGGACCUGCUGUGACUCACGCGUACCUGCGCUGCACCCCUCUCUAGAGCUUCUCUGAACCUUUGCCAUCAAACAUUUCAACCCAACAGGGCUUGGUGCUGCGUUUCCAAGGGGUCUCUCCCUAUGUUGGGCAUCCAGGUAUUUUGAUUUGACAAAGCCUGUUAGGCAGCUAUUGGGAGGGAAAGUGAGGCUUUGUGGAGUGCAGGGAUGCAGCCGUUCCUUGGGGACUUUCCAAAAGUCCUACCUUCCUGCCGGCCAGAGCAGCUGCCGCGGAGUCAAAUGAGUCUUGGGGCAAGGGAAGAGAGACUUGGCCUCUGAGUAAGACCUUCAGGAGCAAGAUAACCGGAGUCGGCCGCCCUAGCCUUCUGCCUGCGGAGAGGCACGAGGCUGGGGUUCCCAUGUUCUCCAGCAUCCCUGUAACCUGCUAGCACCUCCCAGCAGAAAUAAAUUGUUCAAAACCAAAUCAAUCUAGUGUUUUUAGCAUUUCUCGCUCUCCAAGUGGAGUGAGGGGAUGUAGCAGCCACCUCCUUGCUGAGAUCUUGCUAGGAAGCCCGGAGCCGCGUUCUGUCUCAGGGCUUUAGCAAGUAGCAGAAGACUCGGGCACCCUGAUCUUUGGCUGAACUGAACUUGCCCCUUUUGAAGGGCUCAGGUUUUUUUUCCCCCAGAGGUGGGUGCCUCUCAGCUUCCAAAAUGUGGCCUUUGCUUUGCCAUUCUCAUCUGGUACCCCAAAUCUCCCCCUGCUUUUGGCAGCAGUCCCCAAACAGCUGGUAGAAGCACCCGGAGCCUAAGCUGCGCCCUUCGUUGCAGAAACUACUUGGGCAAAUACCCGGUUAGAUGCGUAGACAGUGGUGUGUGAUGUGUGCUGUGGCAGAAAAAUUAGGAACUACCCCUAUAGUUGUGCGUGCAGGCGGCGGUGAGCCGGGAGCCCCCUUAGCUGAACCCCCUGCAACCGAAUGGGCAGCUGUAGCUUUGUGCUUCAGGAAGCUGGCUGCUUCUGUGGUGCUUAAUAACUUCUGAAGAUGUGUGUUUCAGUUUAAUUGGCUUUGGAAAAGCGUGUUAAAAGGCAAACGUUGAGUAUUGCUGGGCUUAGGAAGCGAGGGUUUAGGAAAAGCAAAACUUCCUUGUAAGAAGCGGAGGGUGUAGUUGCUGGGCUGCGGGAGGAGCGUUGGCACAAAGCCCUUUCCCCACAGCCCUUGGCUGUACUGUCUGGUACAGGCCCCCUCUAGAAAAGAAAAUGGUUGGAAUGGAAAAAAAAAAAAAAAAAUUCCUCCCAGAAACACUGGGCUAGCUUUUAGCAGCCCAGUUGUGCUGUCAUUCCCUGGUUUGGUCUGGGCCACAUCCUGCUCUGUCCUGCUGGGAACCUGCUGGGUGCGCUUCCCCUCCCGUUAAUCCUCGCGGAAUUUAAGCAUCUAGGUGUCUUUCGGUUUUGUUUGUUUGUCAGGUAAAACUCCCUGCCUCUGCCUGAUGGCCUCUGCCAAAAUCCUUGCUUACCGCUCCCGGCACAGCACCUCCUCAGGCGUGCAGUGGGUGAUGGGUGCGGGGCUGUCGCUGGGGUGCUCCCGGAGAGAGGCAGCCUCCAGCGUGGCCCAGGACAGCAUCUGGGGACGGGUGUCCCCAGGAGGGUCUCCCAGAGGGGAAUUCCACGCUUUUUGGAGCUGAGUCAGCAUUUUCUCGCCUCUGGGUUGAACGUGCGGAGUGCUCUGUUCCAGUUCCUCAGUGCCAUGGUCUCUCUAGCAUUAAUAACCAAGUGGUAUUCCCUUGCUGCUAUCGUUUGCUUUUUUAAUUCUUAUUUCUUUCUGGAAGUAGUCUGGGGGCCGCAGGAGCUUAUCGCUUGCUGCUCAGCUGGGUUUUAGCCACGUCUAAGUCCUACCUUGCACCAAGUGAUUCCUGCGGUAGCCAGGAGCAGGGUGUCCCGUUGGAUUUGGGGAGGGCUGGGUUCACAGCAUCAGCGGGUGGUGAGAAAAUGGACCCAGGUCAGAAGCAGCAUGGGCGGCUUCCCCUUAUGGAAAGGGAAUCCUGUUUGUUUUUUUUUUUAAUAGCUGAGAUUUUUCUGGGCUCCAGGGCCGGCUUGGAUGAGCCCUCGAGGCUUUCUAAAGCACGUGCCUUUCUCUGGCAGGGCGGUCGUGGUUGUCCCCCAGCACGUGCCUGUGCAAAGGGGGGGUCACGCAGUGGAGGUGGGUCGGGCAGCCGGGGCUCAGCUGCUGAACCGGUGGCCCAAACUGCGAAGGAAACGUGACGUGUCGCACAGCACUGCGUAGCUGGGAGCACAAGCGAAAAAACGAUGGUCUAAUCCCAUUUUUUGGUGCGUGUCGAGAGAUGCGCGGACGUCGAGAACUAAGCCUUGGCAGAGGGAAGCGAGAGAUGGAGCGAGAGGGAUGGAGAAACGUCGGGCAGAGGUGGCGUGGGGAGGUUGGUGUCCGUGGUCCGUCCUGCUUGGGACGUGAGCGUCUUCUGCCGUGGUGCAGCGGUCACGGUCCUGGAGGAGCCCGGUAGAGGUAGGGGGAGAGACGACCGCUGUCCCCAUGUCCCCUGCAAAACCGUGAGCUUAUUUUGUGUCUAAGAGAAGAGAAAUCGGUGCUCGGUCUGUGAUGGGGAGAUGCACUGCGCCCAGCAGCCCCGAGCGAUGGGCUUAGCCCUCCACCCGGUCCUGGGGCGACGCUGGGCUCCCGGCGCUGCUUCUCUUCCUGAGGAAACACCCAUUUCACCAAAAAUUACUCCGCAGCCAAAGCACGUCGCUGCUUCUCCCCUCCAACCCGAGAGACCUCGAGUUGUGGUUGCUGAUAGCACUUGGAUCUGUGUUGAUUUAUUUUAAAAAAAGAAAAAAAAAAAACCAAAAAUUUCUGCACAACCACCAGAGCGAUCUGUGAUCUGGUCUCUAACUCCUGCACCUGUUUUCCCACCCACCCCACCAUCCUUGAAACCAUUUGUCCUUUAAAAGGCGACUUGGAGGUUGCCGUGCCCGGGCUGAUUCCAUAACAGGUACUUCUUAUGGUUAAUUGCAGUGUCCCACUUUACUUGCCUUAAAGGUGGAGAGAGAAACUUAGUAUUUGCACUUAGCAAAACAUUAUGUUAAAAGAAAGAAACCCUGUAAAGAUGUGCAUGUUCUGCAACUUUGUAUAACAAUAGCUGAAAAUAAAUAGGUGGUUUAUUAAAAAAAAAAAAAAA